CUUACUAGUUACUGAUAAACCUUUUUAUUUUUGGUUAUUCAGUAAUUAUAAAAAAUUGAAAAUUUGUUUUUUUUAAUGUUAUAAUAAGUAGUUGGUUUCUACGUUAUUUUCAUAUAUACUUAGUAAUUGUUUGUGAUGUCGUCUGAUACGGAUACUAAGCCAAGUACUAUUUUUGGAUAUGAAAAGAAAGUGCAUACUGGCCGAAAUGAAUUUGAGAACUUUUUUGAAACAUUGAAAGGCAUAAUUGUAGGUCCAGUUAUUUGGUUUAAAGAAACUAUUGUAACGCCAAAUCAAAAAGAAUAUUAUUACUACCAUGAGAAAUUCAGGAGAGUGCCAACUGUCGAUCAGUGUUAUGAUGAUGAUAGAGUAUGCAAAUGGGAAGCAAAUCAUCAAUUAAUUAAAGAUAAGAAAGUUGAUAGCGACAUUCUGUCCAUUUUAAGGCAGCGUUAUGAAGAUUGUAGAAUUUAUGAAGGACCAGAUGGAAUGAGAAAAUGCAAACCAUUAUUUGAUAUGUAUGAAGAAGCAGAAGAAAAUUAUUCUAUUAAAUAUGGCGAUUUAGGUGCAGCUGUUACAGCCGAACGGUGCUAUGCCAAACAAUUAAAUCGCAUGAUAUGGGAAAGACGCCAUGGUCCUGUAGGUUCAGGCAUGAAGAAAGAUAAUUUUUCGUAACUUUACUAGACAUAUAGUAGUCUUUUAAUACUAAUGUGUGAUUAUAGAAUUGAUGAACCAGUAAUAUAAAUGUAUCUAAAAAAAAUAUUGCUUUGUAAGUGUUAUCACAAGAAAACAAAAUUAUAUUACAAAAUAAAUUUAUAUACAGAAUCUUGUUAUUAUUUCACAUUAAGAGAAUGUUUCAAAUACAUAAGUUGUGCUGUAUU